AUGGACUGCGCGCCAAUCAUCCAUACCGAGCUUUUCACAGCGACCGACCUUCUCUCGCAGCCAUGGCUGCCGGAUCUCACCCGCAUGAUUAACGCAAGCUAUCUUGUCAGCCACACCAACAAGAUCGCCUUCUCGGCCGAGAAGAUCAGACUCCGGUCCGACUCCGAACUCUCCUCGGAGCUGGGUCCAGAUGGGUUCACAGCCGUCGCGUUCGCCUCGAGCAACACGAAUGACAAACUCGAAGUCAUCGGCACUGCGAGCAUGAAGCUGUGGAAAGACGACGGGCUCUGGAGUCCCCCCGACCAGGACGACCAUGGCAAGGAUUCCCCGGAGCAGAGGGUGAAUGGCGAAGGGGAACAGAUCCGGCGGAAACAUGCUUGUCCCGGGGACUACGAGCUGGCCGUGGUGGCGCUCCCGCCAGAUUCCCGCUACCGCGGGAAAGGCAUUGCUGGGCGGCUGGUGAAGUUGUGUGAAGAGGAGAUCGUGCGCCGCCGGGCACUCGAGGGCGAUAAGGGCGAUGGUGAUAGGCCCGUGCGGAUCAUGAUCCGGGUCGCGAAAGAGAAUGCUGGCAACUAUUGGCUCAAGCAGGGGUUUCAGACGGUGGGCAGCCGGAGAUGUCCCAAGGGGUUUUGGGAUGCCGCAGAGGAGUUUACCAUGUGGGCAAUGCUCCGUGAGAUUUCCCCUCCGUAG